UCCUAAAACAAAGUAACAGAUCUCUUUGGGUCCUCCUUUCGUGUGUUUUUUUUUUUCUUUCCCAAUCUCUGUUUCAAAUGAAUCAGCCAUAGCUAUCUAUCAUCUUCAUCUUCUUGGUCAAACAAACCCUAGUUUCUCUUUCUAUACAUAAUAACCUAACUCUCUCUCUCUCUCUUUCUCUCUCUGUCUGCAUCAUUUCUUCUUUCGCAUGUGCAGAGCUAUCAACAAAAGCAUCUGUUUUUGAUUGAAAGCUAAGUUUCCAAUUCCAAAACAGAAGAAAUUGAAAGUGUGUUUGUAAAGACAAACCACCAAACUAGAAGAAAACAAAACAAAACCCACACCGCAUUGUUCCUUAAAGACCCAGCAAGGAGAUUAUCUCACGCUUCCUCCUUUUCUUCCUGACAUUUUCCUCGUAUUUUGUUUUCUGGUUAUUUGGGUUUAAUUUCCAUUGCAAUUACUGCAAUUGUGGGUCUCAUUUGGUAGGUGGUGAUUAAUAAUUUCUAGGGAUUUUUUUGUGGUCUCUCUGCCUUUUUGGGUAAAGCAUUUAAAGAAAUCUCCUCAAUGGCGUUGUUUAGAAAGUUCUUUCACAGAAAGCCUCCUGAAGGUUUGGUUGAGAUCUCUGAGAGGGUUUACGUCUUUGAUUGCUGCUUAACCACGGAUAUGUUGGAAGAUGAAGAAGAUUACAGAGUCUAUGUAGGCCGCAUAAUGAGUCAGCUGCGAGAACAGUUUCCAGGUGCAUCGUUCAUGGUCUUUAAUUUCCGAGAUAAAGACAGCAGAAGCCGGAUGGAGAGUGUACUUACCGAGUAUGACAUGACCAUCAUGGACUAUCCUCGCCAUUAUGAAGGUUGCCCUUUGCUUACAAUGGAAACGGUUCAUCACUUUCUUAAGUCUGCUGAAAGUUGGUUAUUGUUAAGUCCACAGAAUAUCUUAUUGUCGCACUGUGAGAUUGGCGGCUGGCCGACUUUAGCCUUUAUGCUUGCUUCGCUCUUGUUAUACCGCAAACAGUUUAGUGGAGAACAGAAAACACUAGAGAUGAUAUAUAAGCUGGCUCCUCGUGAGUUAUUACAGCUAAUGUCUCCACUUAAUCCACUGCCUUCACAAUUGAGGUUUCUUCAGUACAUUUCGAGUAGGGAUGUUGAGUCACAGUGGCCACCUCUAGAACGUGCCCUUACAUUAGCCUGUGUCAAUCUUAGAUUGAUUCCUGAUUUUGAUGGUGAGGGUGGUUGCCGUCCCAUAUUCAGAAUAUAUGGUCAAGAUCCUUUUUUGGCAUCUGAUCGGACUUCAAAAGUUCUGUUCUCGAUGUCCAAGAGAAGCAAAGCUGUUCGGCAAUAUAAGCAGAGAGAACAGAUGAUGUUUCGGGUUGUGUUCAAUACUGCGUUUCUUAGAUCAAAUAUUCUAACACUUAACCGUGAUGAUAUUGAUGUACUGUGGAACACAACGGAUCGGUUCCCCAAGGAUUUCAGAGCUGAGGUUAUAUUUUCGGAGAUGGAUGCUGUUAAGAAUCUUGUCUCUAUUGAUAUGUCGCAUAUGGAGGAAAAAGAUGUUCUACCUAUGGAAGCAUUUGCUAAGGUUCAGGAGAUUUUUAGUGAAGCUGAAUGGUUGGAUCCCAAUUCUGAUGUUGCUGUGACUGUUUUCAACCAAAUAACUGCAGCAAAUAUCCUUCAAGAAAGCCUGGAUUCAGGUUCUUCUCCUCGAAGCCCUGACUCACGUAGCCUAUUGGAAUCGGCACUUGAGAAAGUUAAGGAGAAAACCAAGUUGAUGAUAUCUGAAAAUAUUGCUUCAAGUCCUGAUGCAUUCUCUCCUGAAUGGAAAGAGAAAGAUACAGUGUCUGGUCAUAAGUCUUAUGCAGAUCCGAAUUCAAUUCUUAAGAAGGUUGAUGAGUCGCAUGGACUUCGUGUUUCAGUCCAAAGAAAUGUUCACUCGAAGAUAAUUUCACCUCGAGUGGUCCAAAGUCCAGUGACAUCACCACUUCCAAACCGUAGCCCCACGCUAGGAUCACCCGCUUCAGUAUCCAGAUUUCACAGCUCCCCUUCUACUCUUGGGAUCACUUCAAUAUUACACGAUCAUGGUUCAUGUAAAGGCGAAGAUGCUACUUCAUCAUCACCAGCCUCACCUUCAAUUUCGUUUCGACCAACAUUGCAUCAGCUGACACCAUCACUACCUAAAGAAGAAGCUUCUCCAAAAUUUUCAAAGCCGCCCACACCUGUUCGUUCAAAUGGCCAUCCUUCAGCAGAAGCAGCAGUGACUUCACCACCAUUGCCAUCGCUGAAGCCACUUGGGAAUUUGUCUCGUCCACCUCCACCCCCACCUCCCAUAUCCUCUCUGCGCUCCACUCCUUCACCAAGUUCCACUAGCAGUUCCAUAGCAAUACAAGGGCCUCCUCCACCUCCACCUCCGCCUCCACCUCAACUACAACCUCAGCGUUCUGCACGUUCAACCUUACCUCUGCCACCACCGUUACCUCCAAAGAAAUCGAUAGCUACAAAUAAUCCUCCACCGCCACCACCGCCACCUUUGCAUUCUAAUUCUCGACCAGGAGUCCCCACGAGUUCUUUGGCGGCGAAAUCUCCUCCUGUUCCUCCCCCACCAGCCCCUGCACCUCUGUCUCGUUCUCAUAAUGGGGGUUGUAAUGGAACCAUCCCUCCAGUCCCUGGACCACCAUUGGGUUUAAAGGGCCGUGGGAUUUUACAGAAUCUUAGAGGUCAGGCUCAAACGAGAAAGGCCAACUUGAAACCGUAUCAUUGGUUAAAGCUUACUAGGGCAGUACAAGGAAGUUUAUGGGCUGAAACGCAUAAACCUGAUGAAGCUGCAACUGCUCCAGAUUUUGAUAUCUCUGAGCUUGAGAAACUCUUCUCAGCAGUGAAUCUUAGCUCUGACAAUGAAAGUAAAGGUGGGAAAUCAGGUCGACGUGCCCGACCUAAAGUUGAGAAAGUGCAGCUGAUUGAGCUCAGAAGAGCAUACAACUGUGAGAUUAUGCUUUCCAAAGUUAAAAUACCUUUGCCUGAUUUGAUGAGUUCUGUUCUUGCAUUGGAUGAGUCAGUGAUAGAUGUUGAUCAAGUUGACAAUCUAAUUAAGUUUUGUCCAACAAAAGAAGAAGCCGAAUUGCUCAAGGGCUACACUGGAGAUAAGGAUAAUUUGGGGCGGUGUGAGCAGUUCUUUUUAGAACUACUGAAAGUUCCUCGAGUGGAGACUAAGCUAAGGGUUUUCUCAUACAAGAUUCAGUUCCAAUCCCAGGUUACUGAUCUUAGAAGAGGUUUGAAUACCAUACAUAGUGCAGCAAAUGAGGUUCGAUGCUCGGCUAAACUGAAAAGAAUCAUGCAAACUAUACUUUCCUUGGGCAAUGCAUUGAACCAUGGGACUGCAAGGGGCUCAGCUAUCGGAUUUCGCCUGGAUAGUCUUUUAAAACUCACUGACACUAGAUCCCGCAACAGUAAGAUGACUCUGAUGCAUUAUCUCUGUAAGGUGCUUGCCGAGAAACUUCCAGAGCUACUUGAUUUUCCAAAAGACCUGGUUAGCUUGGAGGCUGCAACAAAGAUUCAACUAAAAUACCUGGCAGAGGAGAUGCAAGCAAUUAGCAAAGGCUUGGAGAAAGUUGUACAAGAGUUUACUGCAUCUGAAACUGAUGGUCAAAUAUCAAAACACUUUCGUAUGAACUUGAAAGAGUUUCUUAGCUUUGCUGAAGGAGAAGUAAAGUCCUUGGCUUCCCUCUAUUCAACUGUUGGUGGAAGCGCUGAUGCAUUGGCGUUAUACUUUGGAGAAGAUCCAGCUCGUGUCCCAUUUGAGCAAGUUGUAUCCACUCUACAAAACUUUGUUAGAAUAUUUGUGCGGUCACAUGAGGAAAACUGCAAGCAAGUCGAGUUUGAGAAGAAGAGAGCACAGAAGGAAGCAGAGAAUGAAAACCUUAAGAAAGGUGUGUACAAUGAGAAUUGAAAAACAACUGCACACACAAAAGUAUGUUGUUUUCUACUCCUUGAGUUGCCUUUGGCAGUCCUGGGAACCGGAAACUACAUGUUGCGGCUCCUAGUUCGGGGUUUUUUACCCAAAUAUAGAGAACUUCCCCAGAUAUAGUUUCAUCAUCUGACAAGACUCAGCUUUGGAUUUAGUCUUUUAGAUUAGAAGAAAAAAUAGGAAACUUUGUUCCUCUGGUAGGUAACAAGAAAAAAGCUGGAAUCCGGUGAUUAGGUAAUGAAGGAGAGACGCAGAAGAAGUUUUAGCUUUGUAUUUUGAUGGGAAUAGUAUUAGAGUGACAACUUAUGCAGGAGUUUUGAGUCCCUUCCUAGUUUACUACAGAAACAGAAAUGUAACUACUUGUGUAUAAAUUUUGGGAGGGAUUAUAAGAUGUGUAAAUAUUGAGUGAGUGUUCUGUGUGUGUCUUACUAACAUUUAUGAUUUUACAUCCAAUGAUAUAUUUAGGGUUUUUUUUUU